ACAUGUAAGGAGUGGCAAUAUAAAAAGCGAUUCAAUGGAAUCAAGGUUUAAAAUGAGUGAUAAAAAAGCACAAUUGCCUUUAUUUUUUUCUCUCACGUUAUUUUAUUUUAAUUAAACCUUGUCGCCAAUGAGUGUGAAAUGCAAUUCCAAUACUUUGUGGGGGGGAAAUCGUGAACUUUGCUCCUUUUUGGAGACUGCGGGCAGCUUUUGUUGUCUUCCUUUAUCACCUUCUGAGUACAAGCCGAUGUGGACACCGAUGACGCACAGUCGGACCGUUUGUUUGGAAUGUUUCACAGCAAGUUUCCAAGGUGAUUCCGUUUCAAACCAGUUUUCAGAGCCGCUUGCCUUUCAAUUCCGUGGUAUAACUACGGUUCAGCUCAUUCUCUGUGGACAAAAGUAAUCUGACACAAUGGCAGACAAAAUCAAGGAUGCUAAGAUCAUCUUUGUCGUGGGUGGCCCCGGCUCUGGGAAGGGCACCCAGUGCGAGAAGGUUGUAGCCAAGUAUGGCUACACCCACCUGUCCUCCGGUGACCUGCUCCGUGCUGAGGUGUCGUCCGGCAGCGAGCGGGGCAAGCAGCUGCAGGCCAUCAUGCAGAAGGGCGAGCUGGUGCCCCUGGAUACGGUCUUGGACAUGAUCAAGGACGCCAUGAUCGCCAAGGCCGACGUCUCCAAGGGCUACCUCAUCGACGGUUACCCCCGGGAGGUGGUGCAGGGCGAGGAGUUUGAGAAGAAGAUCGGCAAACCCUUCCUCCUGCUGUACAUCGACGCCAAAGCCGAGACCAUGGUGCAGAGGCUCCUGAAGCGCGGCGAGACCAGCGGCCGCUCCGAUGACAACGAGGAGACCAUCAAGAAGCGCCUUGACUUGUACUACAAAGCCACAGAGCCCGUCAUCGCCUUCUACGAGAACCGAGGCAUCGUCAGGAAGAUCAACUCAGAGCUUCCGGUGGACGAGGUCUUCAACCAGGUGUCUCAGGCUAUUGAUUCGAUGAAGUAAAACAGACAUGGAUCAUCUUCUGUCUGCUCCUGUCUUUCUUCCUUUUCUCACGCUUCCUGUUCACACCUGGGGAUAAAAAGCCAAAACUAUGACAGAAUCCAAAUUUUAGCUUCACUAUUUCAGCAUGUCUCGUAAUUUUGGCUUUUUGCCUCGGAUUAUCUCUUUUCCCAGAAGCUUCUUCUACCAUUUCCCAUCUACCUGCAAAACUUUUUGCUGUCCUGGAUUGCAUUAUUCCGUCUCACUUUUCAUUGGUGCAGAAAAAAAUCAUCCUAAUAUUUACAUUUCAACAUUUCAAACUCACUGUUCCACCUUAACACCAUGCAUUUAAGCAAGAGGUCUUCAGUAAUGAUCUUGAUUUUUGUGGCUCAUUAUUGGAUUUUCUGACAGUUUCUUUACUGUCCUUCUGUCACUGAAGUAUUUUUAUACUUUCAAUCACAGUUUAUACCUUCACUCUAUCUCCUCUUGACUUUGCUCUUGUCUGAUACUGUAUCCUCUUUUUUCUUCUCAUGUCAAUCUCCUUAUUUGGUGGAACCGAUACUCAAAUCUUCCACCAUGAGCUGCAGCUAAAACUUGUUGUUUUUGUGCCUAUGUAAGCACAUUUUUCCCUCAGACUCGAGUCACACAAAGCCACACAUCUACUUGCACAUAAAUCGUGUCAGAGGGAAAUGAGCUGUACUUUAAACGUAUUUGGUUAUUAGCAUUUUUUAUUUUCUCUCAAAUGUCAUUUUAAUAUAUACUGUCAGAAUAAAACAAACACAACAUUUAUAUUUA